AUGACUUCCUCCGCGAUCGCACCGCCCGCAGAGUUUGCAAUCUCCGGCACCGCAUUCGCCUCAGCGUCCCCAGAAGCACUCGCAAAAAUCCUCGAUACCCUCGACCUGCCCUCACUCGAACAAGAACACACCCGUCUCGAACGUGCCAUCCAGCAGCUGGUCCAGUCCAACAAAGAGAUUGCAGAGUUUAUCGAGCAGGAGCAGAAGGACCUGCUUGAGUUCCAGGAGCAACAGGGUGGUGGUGGUAGCGAGGCUGCGGAAGCAUUUGAGGCAGAUCCAGAGUUUGUGUUGGCGAUUGAGGAGAAUAUGGUCGUGAUUGCCAAGUAUGAACGGACGUGCGCGGAUCUGCUGAGGGCUAUUCAGCGCAAGCGAGGUGUUGUUGCGGAGGAGGUGAAGGAGACUGAGGAUGGUGGAGAGCAAGCUGGAGCGGAUGAUGGAGUGCAUCUGUAG